AUGACCACCACUUCUGUCGAUGAUUUUUUCAGCUCUCCAGCAAGUUUUUCUUUCGCGAACACGUCUAUGCGCCAGCGGACUCAGCAAGCUUGUGACAAGUGUCGAGAACGGAAAACCAAGUGUUCCGGCGAAAAGCCGGUCUGCAAGCGUUGCACUACCCGGGGCUUGAUUUGCCAGUAUACCAGUAGGGAAACGCGCGCGCGGGGAAGCGCCUCUACUCCAAAGCUGCGGAGCGCGGUGUCCAGCAUCGAUUUGCACGGUUCCAAGUUACACCAGGAAAAGCAACGAGAAAGGGAUUACCACUUUCUACGACAGCAGAGCCACAAUCUGAUCUCCCACGAUCUCUCGACGUCUCCAUCCUCGCAGUUUCCUCCACAACCAUUCCAGCUUACGAGUCAGCCACUCCAACCGUAUGCACCGUAUCAGUCCCAUUCCCAGCCAGCUUCUCUCUCUGGUUCACCAGUGAUCGAUUCUUUUCCGCCAUCGCAGUUACAGCUACCUCCACUUCCACAGUAUUCAGACAGCAGCCAGCCCUUGGACCCACCGCCAAGUAACGAUGGCCAGUGCCAUCCCAUUCGGAGGGCUCAAAGCCAGUCUUCGCUUCCCUAUAACUUCGAGGAGCCGUAUGCUCCGCAGGUGUUUUCACGCUAUGGAUACUACCUGCCCAAUGGGCUACCGAGCUCUACCAUGCCACCUCAGCAACACCACAGUCACCACCGCAGCCUGGAUGCUAUCUAUAACACGUCCCAGCCCAUGCCUACAUACGGCUUCCAAAACCUAAGUCUAGGCGAUUCAUACCCGCCACAGCUUGCCCUCGCCACCUCCGGUUCCUCCUCGUCGUCUUUCUCCGGGUCGGCGGACACUUCGCCUAUAUCAACCUGCGAGUCAGAUCAUGGUUCGAUGCCUUUGACACCGUCCCCAGUGAUACAUACACCAACCCCGUUAGCAUUCCAGAAUGUGCAGCUGUUGCAGGAAAGGAAGGUUAUGGAGUUCCAGACUGCGGAACGGUGGUGA